AUGGCUGAACUAAAGAUAGUUUAUCCAUCACCAAAUUAUUAUCUUGUAGCUGGAGCAGAUAACAAAGUACAAUGGACAUUUGAUCCAACUACUGAUCCAAAAGCAUUUUCUAUGUAUUUAAAUAACCCCAAAAUUCCAGACUUGUCAGAUUUUGCCAUUGCCAACACAGUUAAUACAACACUUGGUGUAACUACUGUUCAAAUUCCGCCUAGUCUAGUUAAUACUGGGUUUGUGAUUAGAUUUACAAAUGUUGCAAAUAUUGCAGAUAUAUAUACAACUUCUGAACAAUUUGAAAUCAAAGCACCUGGAACAACUCCUACUACAUACGUACCACCUGUACCUACAACAUCCGCAGUCGCCACUACUAACUCUGAUACCGCCGCUACUACAUCACCAUCAUCACCGUCAACGAAUGCACCUAAAUCAAAUUCAGAAUCUUUAUUCGACAAUUCAAAUUUUGGACUUUUGAUCAUUACUAUUGCCAGUAUUAUCGGUUGUUUCAAUGUGUUUUUAUAA